GGUGCAGACCCCAGACGCCGCGCGGUGCGGAGCUGCCGAAGCUCCUUUCGCUCCCUUCGCUUUGCCAUGGACCGCAUCACCGCGCCGAGCGUCACCCAGAAGGUGAAGUCGCCGGGCUCUCCGACGUCAUGGUUGAAGACGGACACCGGGCCCAUGUUCCCAAAAGAUCGGGCGGGCGCCAUCCGUGGUGAGAGGCCGGGUCUACGACCAAGCGGUGCCCUGCACACACGACAAGCUGAAUGGCGUUUUGAAGACUCAAUUGGAUGUGUGGCACUGCCCGAAGACCAACGGGACGCAGCACAUUUUGCACUCGUCCAGUCAUAUCGUGGACACCACCACCAGGCAGAGGAUUGCACGUUGGUACAACAAGUCCUACUUGGUGCAGACGGGGCAGCUGGUGGACAAGCAUGACCCUCUGGCACGUCCACUAGGCGGUGGCGUGACCAUCAUGCACGACGGGACGCUGAGGCCCAAGUCCCGCGAGGACGCCCGUGCCUCCAGGAGCCUUCAGCGCUGCACGUCGGCACCAGGGCUGCUCCAGGGAGAGCAGUACUUGCCACCUUGGAUUGAAAAGUCCAAGUAUGAGUUGGCGCUCAGCAAGAAGCCGCCCAGUUGGUCCGCCGGCGCCUUCGCGGCUCGUGGGCACAGCGCCACGAUUCCUCACCACGCGAAGCGAUUUGAACGGGCCGUCUCACUCUCCAGCAGCGGGCUGCCAAGCUACCCGAAGGCGUAGGUAGGAGGUGAGACGGAGCGGACGAACGGCAUGCACAUGAAGGGACGGAG